GUGACAUCCCAUAUUGCAACCGACCUCGAAUCGCGGCCAAUAAACUGGUCGGGAAUGUAUCUGCCGAUAUUGCGUAGUCCGGGGAAGACAGUUCGAGGAAUCUUAUAGUUCAAGGCAGUUCUUCAUUUAUGGCCAGGUGUUCAACAUCAAUCAAUCAACUAUCAUGACUAGUUACUCGCCCUACCCCGAUAUCACCGUUCCUGAGACGGAUCUCUGGAGCUUUCUUUUCUUGCGCCCGGAUCGGCCGUUUCCUGAAUCCAAGGUUAUUUUCACCGACGUCCCCUCCAACCGCGCCUACACCUUCAACGACUUGCGCAAACUCUCCCUCCAUUUCGGCCGCACUCUUCAAUCCAGAUUCCAGUACCAAAAAGGUGAUGUUCUGACCGUCGUCUCAGGCAACUCGAUCGAUCUGCCGCCUGUUAUCUGGGGUGCCGUCUCAAUCGGCGCCGUCGUCAGCCCGCUCAAUCCCAAUUUCAGUGCCAGCGAGAUCGUCCAUUAUCUCACCGAUGCAGGCGCGAAGGCCGUCGUCACUCAGAAAGCACAGUACGAUGCCGUCCUCCAGGCCGCGACUCGGGCUGGGCUGAGCAAAGACCGGAUCAUUGUCCUCGAUGAUGCGACGCAGGGAAUAUGGGAGUCUGACGCAUCUGCCCUCCUCGAUGCUGCAUUUGCCGCGCCGCACAUCUCCCCCGUGCAAAACCCGGAGACGGAUCUCUUGUUCCUGGUGUAUUCCUCCGGCACGACGGGGCUACCCAAGGGAGUGAUGCUUUCUCACCGAAACGUGGUCGCAAACCUGAUCCAGAUGGCUUCUAUGGACAACGGCGCCGACGGGAAACCAUUCCUGACUCACGAGGACAAGGCACUGGCCUUUCUCCCAUUCUUCCAUAUCUACGGAAUCACCGGCAUCGUCAAUUACGGCCUCUACCUGGGCAUGAACACCUUCAUCAUGCCCCGCUUCGAUCUCCAGACCGUCUGCGAGACUGUGCAAUCCCGCCGCAUCAGCUACCUCUACGUCGUGCCACCGGUGGCCCUGCAGCUUGUGCAGAGCCCCCUGGUCGACCGGUACGAUCUGCGCUCGCUAUGCCUGCUCAAUUCGGCCGCGGCGGCGCUCUCCUUGGAACUCAUUUGCGGCCUGCGCGACAAGCGCGGCAUCACUAUCCGCCAGCAAUAUGGCAUGAGCGAGUGUUCGCCAUGCACACAUUCCCAGACCUACACAGAAUCAAUCCAAUAUCCCGGCUCAGUAGGCCGCCUGAUCCCUAAUGUGACCGCCAAAUACGCCCCCAUCGCGGGCGAAAAACCCAAAUCCGCCAACCCCAAGGAGGGCGAGCUCUGGGUCAAGGGCCCCAAUGUUUUCCUGGGGUAUUACAAUAACCCAACCGCGAAUGCAGAGUCCUUCUCCGAAGACGGAUUCUACAAGACAGGCGACGUGGGUUGCGAGGACACAUACGGGAACUUCACCAUCACAGACCGCAUCAAGGAACUCAUCAAAUACAACGGGUUCCAGGUGGCGCCGGCGGAGCUGGAGGAUAUCCUGCUGGGGCAUCCGGCUGUGGGGGACUGUGCUGUUGUCGGGAUUCCGAGUGGACAGGCUGGGUCUGAGCUGCCGCGGGCGUAUGUGAAGCCUGCGCGGGAGGAUUUGACGGGGGACAAGGUUGCGGUGGAUAUUGUAGCGUUCGUGAAGGCAAAGGUGGUGGCUUAUAAGCAGUUACGGGGCGGUGUGGUUUUUGUGGAGGCUAUUCCUAGGAAUCCGUCGGGGAAGAUUUUGCGGAGGGAGCUGAAGAAGUUGUUUGCGAGUAAAAUUUAGAUCUCGCAUGUACAGUUAUUUGAUUCGGCUGACCAGCUCUUGUGUAUGUAUAUACCUUUAUAGAUCAAUUGGGGUGUUGGCAGUAAUACUAUGGGUCAUAAUACUAUGAGUGUACGGGUAUCUCGGC